AUGUUGCUGUUCCAUCUUCAUCGUUUCUAUCCACUUCUGCUGGCAUUCGCGUCAGCUGCCUAUAACACACAUGACGAUGAUCUUUCCAUUCGCACACCUUCCUUCUCUAUACUCGGCUCCCUAUCCACCUCCAAUGUCCGCCGCUUCGCAGGUAUCCCAUACGCCGAACCGCCCACUGGCGGCAACCGCUUCCGCCCUCCCGUAACCAAGAAACCCUACACCGACCUCCUCAACACCACAUCCUUCGGUCCCUCCUGUCUACAAUAUGACACCGGCGCCCCAGGCCUCAGCGACUAUCUCCCGGCUCAAGUCCCCGACUCCGGACAAAGCGAAGACUGCCUCACCCUCAAUAUCUGGACGCCCCGGGCGCAGAAGCUGAAAGAAGGUGGCGAGCUGCUGCCGGUGAUGAUUUGGAUCCCUGGCGGUGCGUUGCUGAAUGGCGGGUCUUCGGCGCCGAACUACGAUGGGACGAGUUUCGUGGAGAAUCAGAAUGUUCUUCUGGUGAGUAUGAACUACCGCGUCAAUAUCUUCGGGUUUCCCGCUGCAGCUGCGCUCGAUGGGAGCCACCAUAAUGUUGGAUUGCUGGAUCAAAGGAUGGCGGUCGAAUGGCUGUACAACAACAUCUAUGCUUUUGGCGGGGACGCGAAACGCAUGACGCUCUUUGGGCAGUCGGCAGGAGCUAGCUCGACGGACUUCUUCUCGUACGCCUGGUGGUAUGAUCCACUCGUCAGUGGUCUAAUAAUCGAGUCUGGCGCCGUUGGCAACAACAAGGUCACGUAUAGCGAAGGGACGAGCAACUUUUCCUACGUUGCGAGUCAGGUCGGUUGUGGAGGCCUGGGCAAGGACGAGGAGCUGAAGUGUAUGCAAGCCACUAAUGCGGAAACGAUAUUGAAGGUCUACGAGGCGUACAAUGCGACGGAGAAUAGCGGAAGGAGCUUGGGGUUUGGAGCGAGCGUGGAUGAGGAGACUAUCUUUUCGAACUUCUCUGAUAGGAGGGCUAGGGGCCUUGUUGCGAAGCUGCCCGUUAUCAUCGGAAAUACAAACGACGAAUACACAUCCCUCUAUUCGCCCUUCACAUCUACAGGCCCAAACCAAACCGAAAUUGACCAGCUCUCAAACGCUGUCUUCGCUUGCCCAGCAGCAAUCUCUUCAAACUUCCGCGCUCAACAACUCCGCGUACCAACCUACCGCUACCGCUACUUUGGCGUCUUCCCCAACCUAAACCCCUUUCCCUGGCUUGGCGCCUACCAUGCCUCUGAGAUCCCCAUCGUCUUCGGAACAAGCUAUAUCAGUGGCCCGGACACGGAGGCAGAGAAGAAGUUGAGCAUGUAUAUGCAGGGUGCCUGGGCGGCCUUCGCGAAGGAUCCGGUGCAUGGGUUGGAGGUGUAUGGGUGGCCGAGGUAUGAGGUGGGCACGAACACGUUGGCGCUGUUGGGGAGGGAUAAUGGGACGAUUGAGGUGGGGAGUGCGGAGGAGUGGGAUGCCGUGUGUUCGUGA